AAAAAGACCGAAGGGAGUCCGGCAGCAGCUGGAUCUGCCCUGGCCCAGGAGGAGUAUCUCCGCCUCCGUGCCCUGCCAGGGUUGGCCGGGCCCUGCCACUUCUGCUUUCCCCGCCCGUGCCGGACGGACGCCCUCUUCUUGCGCUCCGGCUCGGACUGUCCAGCCCCCGGGGCCUCGGAACUGCCCGGCCGCGGUGCUCCCAGGCCGGGUUUUUCCACGGGCAUCCUCGGCUUGCCGCGUCUGCCAAGGUGUUAAAGGGUAGAUCUUUAAAGGCGCAGUACUCCGGCUCGGGCCCCGCCAAACGCCUGGCGUGGCCUCUGGCGGAAGCGAAGGGAUUAAAGCCCCCGGCACUUUCUUUUGGGGCGUUUGUGCGGUGGGGGUGUUGCGGGUGAGGUAGAGCUUUUCGUCUCGGCCCCACCCCCAAGGCACUGGAGAGACGGAGGCGUUUUAGGGCCGGGGGACGUCGUGAACCCAACUGGAACUGGAUUUACCCCUUGCCCCACCGAGCUCACUGGCGCCCCCCCUGGUGGGUUUCUGAACUCCAUCCAAUGAACCGACGUGACCAGAAAGGUCUGAGCGAUGAGCUUUCCAGGCUAUCCCCCUCCGGUGGGCGGCUACCCCCCGGCAGCCCCAGGUGGUAAUGCCUGGGGGGGCAGCCCAUACCCCCCCACCAACAUGCCCCCGAUCGGGCUGGACAACGUGGCCAACUACGCCGGGCAGUUCAACCAGGACUAUCUUUCGGGGAUGGCUUCAAACAUGGCCGGGACAUUUGGAGGCGCAAACAUGCCAAAUAUGUAUCCUGGAGCCCCUGGAGGUUUUCCUCCCAUUCCUCCCGGGAGCUUUGGGCAGCCCCCUCCCGCCCAGCAGCCAGUCCCCCCUUAUGGAAUGUACCCGCCUCCGGGAGGAAACCCGCCUUCAGGAAUGCCAGCGUACCCGGGGUACCCCGGAGGCCCAAUGCCAGGCCAGCCCAUGCCUCCUCCUACACAGCCGGCUCCGGGGGCCUAUCCCGGCCAGCCACCCAUGACCUAUCCGGGCCAACAGCCGAUGCCACCGCCGUGCCAGCAGCCAAUGCCACCUCCUGGGCAACAGCAGCCAAUGCCCAGCUACCCUGCAUACUCGGGCUCCGUCACCCCGGCCAUCCCUCCAGCCAAGUUUGGGAAUCGUGGCACCAUCACAGAUGCUCCAGGCUUUGAUCCCCUGAGGGAUGCUGAAGUCCUGCGGAAAGCCAUGAAAGGGUUUGGGACCGAUGAAGACGCCAUCAUUGAAUGCCUUACAAGGCGCUCCAACAAGCAGAGGCAGCAGAUUCUUCUUUCCUUCAAAACAGCCUAUGGGAAGGACCUGAUCAAAGAUCUCAAAUCAGAACUCUCAGGGAAUUUUGAGAAGACCAUCCUGGCUUUGAUGAAGACUCCUGUCCUUUAUGAUGUCUAUGAAAUAAAGGAAGCCAUCAAGGGAGCUGGCACCGAUGAAGCCUGCCUCAUCGAGAUCCUGGCCUCGCGCAGUAACGAGCACAUCCGAGAAAUCAGCAGAGCCUACAAAACAGAAUUCAAGAAGACAUUGGAGGAGGCCAUUAGAAGCGACACCUCAGGGCAUUUCCAGAGACUCCUGAUCUCACUUGCUCAGGGAAACCGAGAUGAAAACACAAAUGUGGAUUUGUCCCUGGCUCAGAGAGAUGCCCAGGAACUGUAUGCCGCUGGAGAGAACCGCCUGGGCACCGACGAAUCCAAGUUCAAUGCCAUCCUGUGCGCAAGGAGCCGAGCUCACCUGGCAGCAGUUUUCAAUGAGUACCAGAGACUGACCAACCGGGAUAUUGAGAAGAGCAUCUGCCGAGAGAUGUCCGGGGACUUGGAACAGGGCAUGCUGGCCGUGGUCAAGUGCCUCAAAAACACUCCAGCCUUCUUUGCCGAGAGACUCAACAGAGCCAUGAGGGGCGCGGGAACGAAGGACAGAACUCUCAUCCGGAUCAUGGUGUCUCGGAGCGAGAUUGACCUGCUCGACAUCCGGGCUGAGUACAAGAGGCUCUACGGCAAGAGUCUGUACCAUGACAUUACGGGAGACACCUCUGGAGAUUACCGGAAAACUUUGCUGAAAAUAUGUGGAGGCAACGACUGAGCCCGUGCGCCCGAUCGCUUUCCGACCAAGAAGAGGGAAAGAAAAGAAGCUGAUCCCCCCCCCCCCCACCCACCCACCCUUCAGCCUCUCCCCCACCCCACCCCAGACCUUUGUAGAUUCCCAUCUCUAUCCCUUCCCUAAUGGCAUAUCAGUGAAGGACUUUGAUAGACACGUUAGGACUUUCUCAGGACAUUUUUUCCCCAAUCGUCCCUCACACGGCCACCCGCUUCCUGCCGCUGAAGUAGAUAAUUGGCUCUUUCCUCCCGUAGUCUCACGCACUCCCAUCUUCCUUCUCAGAUAGUUAGCUUCAUUUAGACUUUUUUGUGUCUUGAAGCAAUGUUUAAUUUUUUUUCAACAGCCAUUGCCAUCCGCAUGUCUUAUUUUUUUAACCAUAAACAUUUCUGGUGCAAAGAAUGACUGGUUCUCCCAGAAGGGAGCGGGAAGGCAUUUCCAUGUACUUUCAUGAGUCUGGAGAGACUGGAUUGUAAGAACGGUCAUUGCCAAACACUUUAAAAAUAGAUAUUUAGAUAUUGUUUAUAUUCCGUGCCUUUAGUGCACGAACCAAGAGAAUGUAGCAGCCGCUGCUUGCCAAUGACAGAAGCACCUUUGUUUUUUGAUAUUUGCCUUAAACCCGAAUGUCUGUAGUUGACCGUUAUUUCAGAUUAAAGCCAUCUCUCUUCUAAAA